GCUUGUCAUAAUAUUGUCCACAUCGGUAUAUGCUUCCUUGUCCAGUAUAACAUAUGCUCUGUUCCUUCCCAUUCACAGGCUCAUCUCAGUGUUUUAAGAAAAGCCAAAAAGGAAACACACAGAAACAAAGCAUUCAAUAAUGGCGAGGAGGAAGAUCACCCUCUCUUUGUAUACUCUGGUUCUCACUCUAUCGGCGGUCUCUUUGGCUUUUGCAGUCAGAGUAGUGCCUCUCUUGCAACCCCAUGAGAAACCCAAUUUUCUAAGACCAACAUUCAAUCGCAUUUUUGAUACUUCCAUGUAUGGGAUUUUGCAACUUAACAACGGUUUGGCUCAAACGCCUCAGAUGGGGUGGAACAGCUGGAAUUUCUUUGCCUGCAAUAUCAAUGAAACCGUGAUCAAGGAAACAGCUGAUGCACUCAUCUCAACUGGCUUAGCAGAUUUAGGCUAUGUCCAUGUCAAUAUAGAUGAUUGCUGGUGUCAAACACGAAAUUCAGAGGGUCAACUGGUCCCUGAUCCUAAAACAUUUCCGUCAGGAAUUAAAGCUCUUGCUGAGUAUAUACAUGGAAAAGGACUCAAGCUUGGAAUUUAUUCUGAUGCUGGGGCUUUUACAUGUCAAGUUCGACCAGGAUCACUUUAUCAUGAAAAUGAUGAUGCAAAGCUGUUUGCUUCUUGGGAUUUGGACUAUUUGAAAUAUGACAACUGUUACAAUCUGGGCAUCCCGCCAAAAGAACGAUACCCCCCAAUGCGUGAGGCCCUAAAUGCAUCUGGACGCACAAUUUUCUAUUCAAUCUGUGAAUGGGGUGUUGACGACCCUGCUUUAUGGGCGGGCAAGCUUGGAAAUAGUUGGCGUACAACAGAUGAUAUCAAUGAUUCUUGGGCAAGCAUGACAACAAUUGCUGAUUUGAAUGACAAGUGGGCGGCGUAUGCAGGACCUGGUGGAUGGAAUGAUCCUGAUAUGUUGGAAGUUGGCAAUGGAGGCAUGAGUUACCAGGAGUACCGUGCUCAUUUUAGCAUCUGGGCUUUGAUGAAGGCCCCUCUUUUGGUUGGUUGCGAUGUAAGAAACAUGACUGCAGAAACAUUCGAGAUUCUAAGCAACGAGGAGGUUAUUGCUGUAAACCAAGAUCCACUUGGAGUUCAGGGAAGGAAAGUUAGUGUUUCUGGAACAGAUGGUUGCUAUCAGGUCUGGGCAGGUCCUCUAUCUGGACAUCGGCUGACCGUUGCUCUUUGGAAUCGGUGCUCAAAAGCAAAGACUAUAACAGUUACUUGGGAAGCACUUGGACUUCAAUCCAGCAUUAGCGUCUCCAUAAGAGAUUUGUGGGAGCACAAAGAAGUCGCGGUUGAUGCUGUAUCGUCGUUUGGUGCUCAAGUUGAUGCUCAUGACUGUCGGAUGUACAUUUUUACUCCCCAGACCUCGCUCAGAAAUAUAGCUUAGCCUUUACUUAAAAAGCACCCUUUAAACGAGGUGAUGUCCAACUAUUAGUGCACCGCGAUGAUUCUCUGCAAGAGUAAAUGGCUGUAAUCUAUAAACUUUCACCAGAACUUGGAAGCCAUCGUAGUGCCAUCUCUUAUGUUUUGUUCAUAUGAAAGUAUUUGGAUGUUAGUCUGAGUGUUCAUAUUGCAUUGUAUAUAUUACGACAUACUCAUUUGGAAUGACCAUCAGUUGUUGAAAUAAUGGGAAGGAUUACAAAAUGCCCCU